AUGAUUAUUCAAGGAACAACAGGAAAAUGCAAAUCAUUCUUGAUAGAUAGCAUCAGACAAAAGUUGAAUAUAUUUGGAACCAAUACAACAAACACAUUAUUUGUCCUUGCACCUACAGGUGUUGCUGCUUACAAUAUUCAAGGAACAACUAUUCAUGCUGGUCUCCGGAUUCCUAUAAAAGAAAUGCAUCCUUUGAUAGGGCAAGUAUUAUUCACCUUCCAAGAACGUUUUAGGCAUGUUAAAUAUCUUCUAAUAGAUGAAAUGAGCUUUUUAGGUCCUAAAUUGCUAUUGAAGAUUGAUAGCCACCUCCGCCAAGCAUUCCCUGAUAAACAACAUGAACCCUUUGGUGGACUCUCCAUAAUCCUUGUGGGUGACCUUGGGCAGCUUUCGCCUGUGAUGGACAAACCAGCUUACGCUUCGCACUCUACAGCUCUCAACUUGUGGCGAUCAUUUACAACAGUUGUCACAUUGCAUACAAUUUUCCGCCAACAAGGUUCCUCUAUUAAACAGCAACAAUUCAGAAGCAUGCUCCAAAACAUUAGAGAUGCCCAGCCUAACAAGCAUGACUAG